AAAAAAAAGAGAGAAAACACACACACAUCAUUCUCUUACACACAAACUAACUACACCCAGCUAUCGUAUGCCCAGCCUUGUGCAGGGACAAGAGAGAAGGAUAUUGAGAGAGACAGAGUGAGAGAAAGAGAGUGACAGGAACAAGGACUAGAUGAGAACAGAGUGAGAAGCUAUUGCAAGCAUAAACACAACUACCAGACCUCCCAUUCAAAGAUGCAUGUGCAGAAGCAGUGGGCAUGCGUUGCCGUGGUUGCGGCCCUCCUGAUCCUCACUGUGUCAGCUGCUGAGGGGGGCAAAGCCGAGAAGCAAGGAAAGAAAGAGCGUAAGUCCGACUGCGGUGAGUGGCAGUGGAGUGUGUGUGUUGCCAACGAGGGGGACUGUGGACCUGGCACCAGGGAGGGCACAAGGACCGGCACCGACUGCAAGCAGACCAUCAAAACUCAGCGCUGCAAGAUCCCCUGCAACUGGAAGAAACAGUUUGGAGGAGAAUGCAAGUAUGACUUCCAGGCCUGGGGAGAGUGUGACCUGGCGACCGGCAAGAAGAACCGGACAGGCGUGCUGAAACGUGCCCUCAUGGAUGCCACCUGCCCCACCACAGUCAGCGCCACCAAGCCUUGUGGCAAGAUCCCCAAGACCAAGCUACAAGAUUCCAAGAAGCCCAAGAGAGAGGGUAAGAAGAGGGAGCGUACACCAAUGGACUAGCACUGAGGUGUAUCACACCAGGAAGUGAGCGAGGAGGAGUUUACUGUCCAUAUGGUUCCUCAUCUCCACAUGGUUCCUCUUGUAUGUCCUGCAGGUUAAGACUAGAAGCAUGGAUUGUAGUGUAAUGGAGUUAUGGAUUGUAGUGACAAAAAAAAAAUGUUAUUUUUCCUUCCUAGUGUUUGAUAAAGUUUGUAAACUGUAGUGACCUAAUGUUUGGAUGUAUGCAUUAUGCAUAUGGACAAAUAGUUUCUUAAUAAAAGGCUUACUUAAUACCAUUUUUAGGGUCAUUUUGUGAAUUUUUAACACACACGAUUCUUGUUUGUGUUGGUUGAGUUGAAAAACAAAAUGUUACUCACCGUGAUGUGAUGUAUUGAUUUAUUGCUUCAGCAUGCUGAAAAACUAUUUUUAAUCAAAUGAUGUCAUUGAUAUCUUCAAUUAGAUAGCUCCCACUUCAGUCAGCCAACAAGAAAAUUAAACAAACGAUUAAUAAAUCAAGUUUUCAUUCAAUGUUGUAAUAAAUAUUGUUUAUUCUACAUUAUACAUGACCGGUUGGUCAACAGACGAUUUUUGUAGACACUUUUUAAGGUCAAAACUAUUACAACUGAUAUAUCUCAUAGAAAAUACAGAGUAAGAUGUAUACUAUUGUCUCGUAUCUGCUUAAAGUGACUCUGUAUAUGUGCCCAGUCUUGUUAUUCCUGCUUGGUUUGUCUCAUGUAAUAGUGUCCCUGACAUCUAUAAAGAUUUCCAAACAUUGUUGUGUGUGUAGUUGAUGUUAACUCCUCCCUCAACUGUACCCCUAAUUUGGUAUUACAUUUUAAACCAAUAAAAAUGUAGAUGUGUAAA